AUGUCACGCGCCGCACAACUCAGUACAUUCUUGAAGUCGGCAACCUCAACGUUGUCCCCAAGAGUCCGUCACCUCUCCCUCUCAGCACUCCAAAGUUCCGCCUAUCACCAAGGAGCAAGUGGCUUCCGCGCUCAGUACGGAGGAGCUACUACGACUUCAAGUGCCGCCAACAUCUUUUCUGACUGGUCCCAGGAACCCUCUGCCCAGACCCUCGUUCCCUUUGUCGUCGAGCAGUCUGCUCGCGGCGAAAGAUCCUAUGAUAUCUAUUCACGUCUUCUCAAGGAGCGCAUCAUCUGUCUAAAUGGCGCCGUCCAUGAUCAUUCAGCGGCAUUGGUAGUCGCACAACUGUUAUUCUUGGAGUCGGAGAACCCAGAGAAGCCCAUCAGUUUGUACAUCAACAGCCCCGGAGGAAGUGUUACCGCAGGAAUGGCCAUUUACGACACAAUGCAGUACAUCCAAUCGCCCGUAUCGACCCUGUGCAACGGACAAGCAUGCUCCAUGGGAUCAUUGCUCUUGGCAGCAGGAGAGCCAGGAAAACGAUAUGCCCUCCCCAAUGCCAGCAUCAUGAUGCACCAGCCCAGCGGAGGCGCCAGCGGACAGGCCAGUGAUAUUGCCAUCCAUGCGCGUGAAAUCUUGCGUGUCCGUGAGCGACUCAACCGUAUCUACCAGAAACACUGCAACGUCAAGGACCUCGAAGCUAUCGAGAGAGCAGUGGAGAGAGAUCACUUUAUGGAUGCUGAGGAGGCACUCAAGUUUGGAUUGAUCGACAAGAUCCUCGAAAAGCGACCCUCCUCUGCAGGUGCGAGUGGCAGCAAUUAA